CGCGGGAGCGAGCGGAUCAGGACCAAGGACAGCGGCUCGCGAGCAUCAGGUCAUUCGGAACUCCACGCGCGUCGGAACCACAACACGUGUGAUAAUGAGGGAAAUGUAUCGAGGCGUCGGUCUAAAAUAAAACGCCUUCUCUCGCAAAGUGGACCGUUUUAAUCAUCGCCUGUGUGUCAUUAAUUAAAAAGAAGGGGAAAAAAGAACCGAAACGGUAAUCAACAGGACGCACCUGGGAAUGGACGACAGGGUUUCAGUGUUGUGACUGUGUUGUACUCUCUCUGUGUGCGUGCGAGCAGCUCGCGGGCGAACAGGUUGGCGGUCUUUUAUCCCGAGCCCGGGUCGAGGAAGUAUCAAAGCGUCGUCCGCGGCUCCGCUGUCAGAACGUCACCGAUGACAUUCCGACGCUCCUCCGAGGUCGCGAGGACAAAGUGUGCGUGCUGCUAACGGGCACCGUGCGGUGGAUGUGAUUUCUUCCUAUGUUUACAUUCGAAGGAGAACGCUGUCUUGCUGGAAAGCGUGUACGUGUUUGUACAUCUCGCCGCCUGUUUAAGUGUUCACACAUCCAGCAAAGUGGGUCCUCUAUCUUACCCCAGUGGUCCCAGUUUAUUUGUUGCUUUUUUCUUAUUUUCUGUCAAAAUGCGUUUUUUGUUCCUCUUGGCCAUUUUCGUGGUGUGCUCGUGCGCCCGUGGGGGAUGCGAACCCAAGAUAGUGAACAUCGGGGCAGUUCUGAGUCAGAAACGCUACGAGCAGGUCUUCAAAGAAGCCGUGAGCCUGGCCAACGGCAUCUAUGGCAGGGACAAGUUUAAAAUGAACGCCAUCUCCGUCACGCACAAACCCAACGCCAUCCAGAUGGCCCUGUCCGUCUGUGAAGACCUGAUAUCCAACCAGGUCUAUGCCAUCCUGGUGAGCCACCCGCCCCAGUCCAACGACCACCUGACGCCCACGCCCGUGUCCUACACCGCCGGCUUCUACCGCAUCCCCGUGGUGGGCCUCACCACCCGCAUGUCCAUCUACUCUGACAAGAGUAUCCACCUGUCCUUCCUCCGGACCGUGCCGCCCUACUCCCACCAGGCCCAGGUGUGGUUCGACCUGAUGAGAGAGUUCCGGUGGAACCACAUCAUCCUCAUCGUGAGUGAUGACCACGAGGGCCGAGCGGCACAGAAGAGACUGGAGACACUGCUGGAGGAAAGAGAGACCAAGACUAAAAACAGGAACUUUGAAAACCUCGACCAACAGUCCUUUGACUUCAGGAGAGGACCUAAGGCGGAGAAGGUUCUGCUGUUCAGCCAGGACACCAACCUCACUGCCCUGCUGAUGGAGGCCAAGGACCUUGAGGCGCGCGUCAUCAUCCUGUCUGCCAGUGAGGACGAAGCUGCGGCGGUGUAUAAAUCAGCCCGGCAGCUCAACAUGACGGGGUCCGGCUAUGUCUGGCUGGUGGGGGAGAGAGAGAUGAGCGGCAAAGCCCUGAACGAGGCCCCCGAUGGUCUUCUGGGUCUCCAGCUCAUUAACGGUAAGAACGAGUCUGCCCACAUCAUGGACGCCGUGUCAGUGGUGGCCCAGUCGCUGCAGGAGCUAUUUGAGAAGGAGAACAUCACAGAGCCGCCGCGGGGUUGUGUUGGUAACACCAACAUCUGGAGAACCGGCCCGCUCUUUAAACGGGUGCUUAUGUCAGCAAAGUACCCCGACGGUCUGACAGGAAGGAUCGAGUUCAACGAUGAUGGAGACAGGCGUUUUGCUACCUACAGCAUCAUCAACCAGCAGAAACCUGGGCGCCUGGUUCAAGUUGGAGUGUUCAACGGCUCACAGGUUAUAAUGAACGCUCAGAGGAAGAUCAUCUGGCCAGGAGGAGAGACAGAGAAGCCCAGAGGAUACCAGAUGUCAACUAGACUCAAGAUUGUGACUAUACACCAGGAGCCAUUUGUUUACGUCAAACCCACCAAGAAUGAUGGGACGUGCCGAGAAGAGUACACAUUAAAUGGAGUCCUCAUCAAAAAGGUCAUAUGUACCGGACCCAAUGGAACCACUCCAGGACAGCCCAUUGUGCCUCAGUGCUGCUAUGGUUUCUGCAUCGACCUGCUGAUUAAACUUGCCAUGAACAUGAACUUCACCUACGAGGUUCACCUGGUGGCGGAUGGCAAGUUUGGCACGCAGGAGCGAGUAAAUAACAGUAAUAAGAAGGAGUGGAAUGGCAUGAUGGGAGAGUUGUUGAGCGGUCUUGCCGACAUGAUCGUAGCGCCUCUCACCAUCAACAACGAGCGUGCUCAGUACAUUGAGUUCUCCAAGCCCUUCAAGUACCAGGGCCUCACCAUCCUGGUGAAGAAGGAAAUCCCGCGUAGUACGCUGGAUUCCUUUAUGCAGCCGUUUCAAAGCACGCUGUGGUUAUUGGUUGGCCUGUCGGUCCAUGUGGUGGCAGUGAUGCUCUACCUACUAGACCGAUUCAGCCCUUUUGGAAGGUUUAAAGUGAAUAGUGAAGAAGAGGAGGAAGAUGCCCUGACCCUGUCCUCGGCCAUGUGGUUCUCUUGGGGAGUCCUGUUGAAUUCUGGGAUAGGAGAAGGAGCUCCCCGGAGUUUCUCAGCGAGGAUUUUGGGUAUGGUGUGGGCAGGCUUCGCCAUGAUAAUCGUGGCUUCCUAUACUGCCAACCUGGCAGCCUUCCUGGUGCUGGACCGGCCUGAGGAGCGCAUCACCGGCAUCAAUGACCCCAGGCUGCGUAACCCAUCAGAUAAGUUCAUCUACGCCACAGUGAAGCAGAGUUCGGUGGACAUUUACUUCCGGAGGCAGGUGGAGCUGAGUACCAUGUACCGGCACAUGGAGAAACACAACUACGAGAGUGCUGCAGAAGCCAUCCAGGCUGUCCGUGACACUAAGCUCCAUGCCUUCAUCUGGGACAGCGCUGUGUUGGAGUUUGAAGCGUCUCAGAAGUGUGACCUGGUGACCACCGGGGAGCUUUUCUUUCGUUCCGGAUUUGGGAUCGGGAUGAGGAAAGACAGUCCCUGGAAGCAGAACGUGUCCUUGGCCAUUCUCAGCUCUCAUGAGAAUGGCUUCAUGGAGGACCUGGACAAGACGUGGGUUCGAUACCAGGAGUGUGACUCCCGGAGCAACGCCCCCGCCACCCUCACCUUCGAGAACAUGGCCGGGGUGUUCAUGCUGGUCGCCGGGGGGAUCGUGGCUGGGAUAUUCCUCAUCUUUAUCGAGAUCGCCUACAAACGACACAAAGACGCCCGCAGGAAACAGAUGCAGCUCGCCUUCGCUGCUGUCAACGUCUGGCGGAAGAACCUACAGCCGUACCCGACUGACAUCACUGGCCAGCUCAACCUCUCGGAUCCGUCCGUCAGCACCGUGGUCUGAGACACACCCACGGCAUUCAAUAUCCCAGCCAGAAUAUCCAUGCUGCUACACCUUUUCAAUCUGCCUAACACACUCACACACACAAAGACACACGAACCUACAGACACACAAACACCACCAUUCAUCCCCAAACCAUCACUGAAACCUACUCUAGAUACAAACACACACACACGCACUCAUAGACACAUAUUUUCUCAUCCUGCUUACAGAGGCAAUCAUUUUCCUUUCUGUGCAAUUUUAAAGAUGGUGUAGCAUGUAACAUAGUAGAGGUUCAGACUUAGCCACAUGACAUGUAUUUGAGACUGGUCCACCUCAAUUGUAGUUCAGACUGAUCCACCUCAAUUGUAGUCCAGACUGAUCCACCUGACUUGUAGUUUAGUCUGUUCUACCUGACUUGUAGUUCAGACUGAUCAACCUGACUUAUAGUUUAGUCUGAUCCAUCUUGACUUGCAGUUCAGACUAAUCCACCUGAAUUGUAGUUCAGAUUGAACCACCUGUAGUUCAGAUUGACAUCUCUGUAUUUGACCAGUAAUGUCAAGAACACAAGGGAACUUACUUCAGGACACUAUCCUGGGAUGAGUCCUUGUCGGAAAGAACAAAGACUCACGUCCUAACAAAACAGACAUUCCACAGCACAGGGCUGAUGUAGCUGCCAUCUGUACUCUCAAGAUUACAUAGAACACGUGAAGCUGGCUAGUCAGAGCUAUAUAUGUAUCUCUGUCUAUACUUAAUGUACGUAUUCAUAUGUUAUAUGUAUGUGGUUUACAAAGGUAUGUAUUUUGGAUUACCGUUUAGCUUUUCCUUUUGGGUUGUGAUAGGAAAGAGGUUUACUUGAGGUUCUGGAGGGUAAUUUGCUAGGCUGUCUUUCUAAGAUACGGAGAGCCAACAGGAAUUCAUAUCAUCAAAUACAUUUUGGUUGUAUAUUCAUAAUGUAUAUAUCCAGGGGCGUGUCCAGGAAAGGGGGAACAAAAAGGUUUUGGAUUCCCCCCCCCCCCCCCCCAUGUGCCACCCCAACUAAAUCUGGCAGUCAACAGAAUAGUUUAGUGAUUGGACGACACAAUGCUACACAAAAGUGAGUGACGUCCCCUGUGUUGUUCUGUGCCACUCCUGCCCCCUCCCCCCACCAAACCAACCUGGACACGCCCCUGGAUAUAUCGGAGGACCCACUGGUUGCCAGUUGGAACCAAUGAACACGGGUCGAGUAGCUUAUCAUUAUCCCGAACCAAUGACCAUUAGACAUGCAAAGGGCGUAUGCAUAAUGCUGAGUGAGUUGUAGCUGCUGCUUCUUCGAGACAGACUUCAGACACUUACUCUGUUUGCAUUCUGAGAUCAUUUGUGCAGUACUUGAGCACCUUGCUACAGCUAUACAUUACAAAGUGCCCAUUGGAUAAGCCUCAUGGCCCACAUUUCCCUUCAGAUUUAUGUAGCUCAAUACGGCUUAUGCUGAAAGUAGAAUGCAGGUGUUAUGAUGUUGGCAGUUUUGUCCAGCUCUGUAAUGUAUAGCUGUAUAGCAGUGAUUUACCACCGGGGCCGUCCCUAGUGUUAUGUGAAGGUACUUUUGUUAUAUACAUUGUAAUGAAAACAAUGUUAAUUGUAUUGCUGUGACGAAAUGCAUCAUUACUGUAACUUAAAUAGGCACAUCUGGUACAAGAGUGAUAAAGGGUUAUGGUUGGGUUCUAAAUGACAGUAGGUUGUGAAUCCCUACCGCAGAGGUGAAAGCCAUUCAAAAAAAACAUGCCAUUUUUAUGUGGAACUUUAUUCGUAUAUAUUUCGUAAUAACUACGGCAGAAACCUUUUUGUAAAUCCAUUGAAUCACAAUUCCAAGUGCUACUAAGGCCACAGUGCUGAGGCAAAACAGUUGAUGUCAGAAAAAGAGGUUUGUUUCCAUAUUUCUAUGUUUGUACGUAAAUAUCCAUGCUACUGCUUCAUAUUGUGUUCUUUUUUAACCUAACAGGUUAGUCGUAUAAAAAGUAACUGUUUUUUAUACUGAGCUUAGAAAUUAUUUUCAGGUCAAAUUCUGCUCCGUCGCACUGUGAUGACACCAGUCACCUUCAGCCGCUCCAACAUCCUGUGAUUGUGUUAUACUGAGCUCUCUCUCUCUCUCUCUCUCUCUCUCUCUCUCUCUCUCUCUCUCUCUCUGUCUCUCUCUCUCUCUCUCUCUCUCUCUCUCUCU